UUCAGUGCUGCUCCCUGCGACGCGCUGAGUGCGGAGCGACGAGACGCGCUGCAUACCAACAGAGACAUACGGGAGCAGGCUAAUUAAGGCUGAAGUGGCGACUUGCGACUGGUCGGGACGCACAGACUCCAUCCUGUUCUCUGACAACAACAAAAAAAAAACAUAUUUAUGUCAAGUCAGUGGACAGUUGAAAUUUUACCAUCUCUUCCCAUGUAUUUUCUAAAAUAUUUUAUCUUUCCUUCAAGGCUCUGAGAGACAAACUAAGUGUCUGGGAUAUUUGUUUUUUUCCUGCUCCUGAUAUUUUUCUGGUUGAGAGAUUCUUCUACACAGGAGAAGACAAACAGACCUCUCCGUUUCUCUCUCCGACAUCAAAAGGAAAAGUCAAGUGGACAAGACUGAUGUUUUCGUCCAGUCACAUGUAAAAGCGUUGGACUAUUGCUGUUGACAUUCAUUCACCGGGUCGGUUUUUUUAUACACAGAGUCCCCGCAACGGCACCGUAAAGGAGGAAUACCAAGGCAUUUGGCUGCAAAACAAGCAGAAAAUCAAUCAGAACUCCAUCAUGGGCUGCCCCCUCUUGCGGAACGCGUUUGCUGGUUUGAUCCUGGUUCUGCUGUCGAAAGGGUCCAGUGUGCACGGAGCAGAAUUCGGACACCUGCCGGACAACAUUACAGUGUUGGAAGGAGAAAGCGUCACUUUGAGAUGUCGGAUCGACGAGGAGGUGACCCACAAGGCCUGGCUGAACCGCUCUAACAUCCUAUUCACGGGGACAGACAAGUGGUCACUGGACAAGCGUGUGACACUGGCCAACAGUAACAACAGUGACUUCUCCAUCCACAUCGACAAGGUUCAAAUAACCGAUGAGGGGCCCUACACUUGCACCUUCCAGGCCAAUAACAAGCCCCGCAUCGCCCACGUCUACCUCAUUGUCCAAGUGCCGGCAAGAAUCGUCAACAUCUCAAAAAACGUGUCGGUGAAUGAAGGAGAGAAUGUAAACCUCUUCUGUCUGGCAGUGGGUCGGCCUGAGCCCACAGUCACCUGGAAAAACCCAAGAUUUGGGUUGGUGAGUGAUGGGGAGUUCCUCGACAUCACAGAGAUUAAGAGGCAGCAGGCUGAGGACUACGAAUGCAUCACCAACAAUGGAGUGGCUCCACCCGAUCAACGCAAGGUCAAGGUCACGGUCAACUACCCUCCCAUGAUUACAGACAUGAAGAACAUGCCAGCCCAAUUGGGUAAAACAGCCAUCUUGCGUUGUGAAGCCAUGGCGGUCCCACCAGCUGUCUUCGAGUGGUACAGAGAUGACCACAGGCCGGUAGAGAGUGACAACACCCUGAGGAUCAAAAACGAGAAGACGCGCUCGCUGUUGCUGUUCACCAAUGUGACAGAGAAACACUUUGGCAACUACACCUGCUUUGCCUCAAACCGUCUGGGGGCUUCCAACGCCAGCAUGCUGCUGUUUCGACCGGGGGCCAUACAGGGGCGAGGGACCGGUUUACAUGCAGGAAUGAGUGUCAGCGUGUGUGUUUGGGUUUCCCUCUCUGCUUUUCUUCUGCUGAAGGUGUAAAGAUCGAGCUCCACCUGGAAUUGUCCCUUAACGUCCCUGAAAGGCCCGCCUCCCCCUCCCUCCCUCUCUUCCCCUCUCGGAAAGGAAGAAGGAAAUGAAAUUCUUUAAUUACGAACCCAUCACUGUGAACAAAAAGAAUAUGCAUUAAUCCAGGAGCCAUUGAAUCAUUACAUAACACACAACCACAUCACACCCCCACCCACAAAACCUGAGCACCCUCAAUUCAAUUUCGAGGUCAAAUCAUUGCCAUUAUCUCUUCCUCUCUCUCUCACACACACACACACAGUCUGUCUCUCUCUCUUUUUGUCUCCCAGAAUGCCUUGCAGAUUUGUCUGACUUGGUACUUCCUUCCUCACCCUAUUUUCCCCUCAUUAUUACCACUCGGCUGAUGUUGAUAGAGAGUGUACAUUAAUGAUUAUUGUGUCGGUGAACAAGAAAAUAGAUAAUCUAACAACUGGACGAUCAUUUAUGUAAUAUACUACAUAGACUAAUGACUCACCUACAAUGUUUGCCUUAUGGAAAUGAUACAUUAAAUCACAAUAUUAUGGUGGAUAUUUAUGGAAAUUAUAGUUAUAAUGUGGUACUGGCGGUCAUGUGACCUUUGAAAAUUGUCCAAUUGGUGGCCAUGUGACGUGUCACCCUUUGAUCACACACCUACACACUCACACACACACACACACACGUAUGGAUUUUUGAUUUUAACUGUGUAGCAGUGAAGCUGCUAUGAAUGAUGUCAAAAUGUAUUAAAAAAAAGGGUGGGUGGUGACGGCGUUGGUCUUAAGUACCCCUUUAUGUAAUUUGGGGGGUUUAUACCAAGGUUUCGCAUGUGGACACCCUCACUACCCAAACCUUUUUAGCCCCACCCCCCUGCCCCUCUGUUCAACGUGCUCUGUCUAGUCGCCCUUCGCAUCGCUAUAGUGUUCUCUGCUCCGUGUCACCCCUCUCCUCCCUCCGUCUUCCUCCCCAGUGUAAAUAUAUGCAGUACAGAGGCCAUGCCGGCGACCUCAAGUUGCCUGGCACAGAACAACAUCUCCCAUCAGCCUCGACUACGCUCCAGCUUUCUGAAGCAGCAAGAGACUGUCCAGUGACAACAAUAUCUUCUGUUUCAAAGCUGCAGCUCCAUCCUCUUUGUCGCUUGUUAAUAGCAUGUACCGGUUAGAGAUGUUCCUAUUGUGAGUCCAUACUCCCUACACUCCCUCCCUCCCCUCCUUCCCUGCACUGUGUCUGUUUUGCUCUGCAAGGUUACCUGCUUUUACUUUUUUGGUGUUAAUAAUAGUACAGAUGAUGAUGAUGUUAAUAAGUAUUUGAAUAACUAUGAAUAGUAAUUCCAUGUGAGAAAAAAAAUGAACAAAAUCUGAUGGUAAUGAGCCGUGCGUGGGAAAAAUAAUUUUUGUACUUUACUCUGAGAAGUCACACACAUUGAACGACUACAAUGAAAAAACAAACAAAAAAAAGAUGUAAAGUUUUCGAAGUGAUGUGCUCUAUUUUGCCAUGACAAGCUUUUUAAAAACGCAUUUGAAACAGUCUGAGGGAUUAUUUCAUCCGAGUCCAGAAGCAGUGAAUGAUGAUAUAAUUUAUAAUUUGUAACAGUUUAUGUAUUGGACUCUUUUUCUCAUGCUGUUAACUGCAUCACACACACACAUUUACAGCAUAUUUGUCCACUUAUCAUAGUGUGUCUCUCUCCGAUCAGCUAGAUAAAUGAUUUGGAUCCAUGUCAGUCUCUGGUCGUGGCCGUAAGUCGGUUCUUGUUCAGCCCGACCGCAGGGAGAUAAAGAUGUAAUUAGCCAUUACCUGUGGCUGGCUAAGUGAAGGAGCCUGGGCUCCACCUGUCCCUCCUGCCAGCCAGUGAUGGCCCCCAUAAAUCAAGCUCAAUCCUGCCACUGACAGGAAUCCUCUUCAAGGACAACCUCGCCUUGGUGCACCAGUAUUCCCUCCAAUGUGUACCUGUGACAUGCAGGCGUGGGCACUACAAAACCCCCAUGGCACAAUUAUCCAUCCAGUUCCCCCGCACAGCACAAACAGUGGGAGGUAAGCCCAUAUUUCAAUACAGUGGCUCUACGGUUUCUCCACUGAAACACUGUUCCACUCACAUGCAGCGACUAUAUGCAAAUUUGCCAUAAUGAACCUGCACGGAGAGAUGAGUUUACCCCGACUGAACCCUGACUACUGCGACCUUAAAGGGGAAUAACUCAUUAUUGAAUCAAUUGUCUGAAUGUGUUUUGUUUCAAACCAGCAAUAACCCCUAACUCUACUGUGCAAGAGGUAUCAGAUAUGGUUAAAGCUGUGGUGUAAUAUCUGAAAAAUUUCCAUUAACAAGGUAUAUCAAAUCAGUCUGUUGUUGUACUAUUACUGUGUACAGUACUAUGAAAUGAUUGUGAAGCUCUGUUUAAAUGGCCCUUAAUCUAAAACACUACAUGUUGUACUCAAAAAGUCUUGCCCUCUGCGAUGUAGUCGGGUUGUCUGUGUGACAGAACACACACUGUUUGUGCAUGCAUGUUGUUGCUCCUAUAAUGACGGAUUCCAUUUCAAGCACAAGAGCAGGUCGUUUGGUCAGUGCAUCUUUUUUCUGUCUCAAUCACCAUUUCAUCUCCUCAGUAUCUGUCUUUAAUGCUGUAUUUUUUUUUUGUUCCCCACUCCCAUACUGUACACUGUUCCAUGUCAGCGUCCCACUGGAUUUGUCAGUGGCAUAUAACAUCUGUAUGUACAUAAUCUGUCCUUGAUGAAGAAAAACAACAAAAAAACAGAAGAAAACAUAAAAAAAAAAGAACCACGGACAAAAAUAUAACAUACUGUCAUGUUUCUCAAUGUGGGUUUGAAAAAGCACGUCAAUGUUCAUGUAUGGGUGGAUUUUGAAAAAAAAAAAAAAACAA